AUGGACUUUGCUGAAAUUAUUUUCGCUUUGUUCAUCGUCGUGGUCGCGGUCGUCUCGCUGUUGUCCAACUUGUUGGUGCUGCUAUGUUUCGUCCACAGCACCGAGAUACGCCGACAGGUGCCCGGCGUUUUCACCAUGAACCUGUCCUUCUGCAACAUCCUCAUCACCGUCCUGAACAUGCCGGCCACUUUGGUGGGGAUCGUCCGGAACCAGCAGCCUUUCGGGGAUUGCGCCUGCCACGCGGUCAGCUUCCUGGAGACUUUUCUGACCGCGAACACCAUGUUGAGCAUGGCAGCGCUCAGCAUAGACCGCUGGAUCGCCGUGGUCUUCCCGCUCAGUUACUCCACUAAAAUGCGCUACAAGGACGCGCUGAUCAUGGUGUGCUACUCCUGGCUCCACUCCUUCACCUUCUCCCUGACGGCGCUGCUCUUCUCCUGGGUCAACUACAGCGACGUUUACGCCUCCUGCACCCUGCAGCCGAGCCAGGAAGGCAGCGACGGGAUUAAGUUUACGGUCUUCACUGUGGUUUUCCACGCGACUAGUUUCAUGCUCUCCCUGCUCAUCUUGUGUUUCACCUACUUGAAGGUGCUGAAAGUCGCCAGGUUUCACUGCAAGAGGAUUGACAUAAUCACCAUGCAGACUCUUUUCCUGCUGGUCGACAUUCACCCAAGCGUGAAACAGAGAUGCUUAGCUGAGCAAAAGAGGAGAAAGCAGAGAGCCACCAAGAAGAUCAGCAUCUUCAUCGGCUCAUUCGUCAUCUGCUUUGCUCCUUAUGUGAUUACAAGGUUGGCUGAGCUUCUACCUUUUGUGGACAUAAACCGCCACUGGGGGAUCAUCAGUAAGUGCCUGACAUACAGCAAGGCUGCAUCUGACCCCUUCGCCUACUCCCUCCUACGUCAGCAGUACAGGAAAGUCCUGGUUACAGUUGUCAACAGGCUGCUCCGCCGUGACCUGUACCCUUCAUCUGGCCAUAACAGCUCUUUAGACACAGAGAACGACUACUGUCUCCAGAGGAUCAGCUAAUGGCCAAUGCUCAACAUGACAACUACACACUAUGGGCCAAAAAUAAAGGUUGCUUUUUGAAAGAAGAAAUGGGUGGAGGAAAAGAAUGAGGA